AUGUAUGAACAAGUUAAUAAUAAUGAAGGAAAUGAUUUUUAUUCAAUCACAGUAUUUACCUUCUCAACAAUAUUAAGUUGGUUUUUUUCUUUAGUAUCUUAUAUAACCAUAACUUUAUCCUCAUGGAUAUUGCGAAUCCUUUCAUGGUCGUUUACAUUACAAUUAAAUUUUAUUACCUUAUUAAUAAUUUUUGUAAUCGUGAUAACCAUAACAUAUUUGAUUGUAAGAUAUCGUAUAUUGACGAAAUAUUCCCGACUUCCAACAGAAACGACAGCAACAAAACAAGGUUCAUACGAUUUACAUCCAGAUGAUAAUGGAGAAAAUGUUAGUAAUAUUAAACAUUAUCCUGAUGAAUUCCUUAGCAUGUUUUUGGAAGGUAUUAAAAUAUUUGGAUAUUUGGAAAAACCAGUAUUUCACGAAUUAGCAAGACAUUUAUCUACAAAAAAGUUAUUGGCGGGAGAAAGUUUAAUGUUGGAAAAAGAAAGAAGUUUUUAUAUCGUCGUUGAUGGAUAUGUUCAAGUAUUUGUUAAAACGGCUAAUGAAGAAGAUAUUGUAUUGGACCCUUUUGAAAGUGAUGAUUAUAAUAGGGGAUAUCAAUUAUUAAAUGAAGUUACUAAUGGUGGAACUUUGAGUAGUUUAUUCACCAUUCUUAGUUUAUUCACCGAUGAUAUCGAUAUAAGCUCAAUAGAAGAUAAUGGAUGGUCAAAUGCGCAACCAGUUCAUACAAAAGGUGAACGGAAUACAAAUUUUCGCAAUUCUGCUUCUUAUAAAAGACCACAUAUUUUACGAAGGUUAUCAAAAGAUUUGGCAAACACAUCCGUUAAUCCUAAUAUAACAGCAAGGGCAACAGUUGACACUACAUUAGCGGUAAUACCAGCAGAAGCAUUUCACAGGUUAACGGAGAAAUUUCCAAAGUCGGUGGCAAAUAUAGUUCAAGUUAUAUUGACGCGUUUUCAACGCGUUACACUUUGGACGGGAUACAAAUAUUUGGGAUUAACAAAAGAUUUAUUAAGAACGGAGAAAUUAAUGAAUGAUAUAGCAAGUUUUGGACUUUCUAAAGAUUUCUUUAAAGCGGGAAGUAUGGAAAGGUUACGAAUGAAAUUCGUUGGAAAUAAUAAAAAAUAUCAUCCAAGAGAGAACAGACAUCAUGAUAUGGAUAUGAGUGAUAGUGGAUUAAUUAAUAAAGCGAAGAAGACUAAAUCAUCUGUUAGACCUAGAAUUGAUGUAAUAUAUGAAACACCCUUAUCACCAAAUGCUAAAGCAAAAGUACAACCGUCCAAUGGAUCACCUACUAGUCCAACUAAUAGAAAAGAUUAUGAUACAGAAGAUGAUUUGUAUCUUCGAGAAUCUGUACUUGAAGGAAUCUCAAAGGGUAUUGGAUUGCUACAAAGUAAUAACAAUAGUCGAAAUGCUACUACGGUAACUAAUUAUAAUAAUCAACAACAAAAUUCAAGACAUAAUUCACUUGAUUCAAAUUCAUCACAAGAAAUUGGUACUAGUGGUUCAUAUAGUAGUUUGACUACUUUAUUGAAUAUCUCAGAUGAUGAUUCGGUGGCGGAAACCAUCUCUUCGAUGACUAGUGAAUUAGAUAAUGAUGUUGAAAUUUUGUAUUAUCAAAAAGGUAGUUUAUUAGUAGAGGAAGGUGGUUUGGCAGGAUAUUUAGCUGCACUUACUGGAUUUCAUAGUUUUGUUAACAUUAGAGCGAGCACAGAUACGUAUGUUGGAUACUUAUCUAAACAAUCAUUAAACAGAUUAAUGGAAAAAAAUCCCAAUGUAUUAUUAACGUUGGCCAAAAGGUUAAUCACAUUAUUAUCACCAUUAUUGUUACAUAUCGAUUUUGCAUUAGAUUGGGUUCAAGUAAAUGCGGGACAAGUAUUACAUCGCAAAGGAGAUUCUAGCGAUAGCAUUUAUAUAGUAUUAAACGGACGUGUACGUACAAUUAAUGAGAAAGCAAAUGGUAUUAUUGAAAUUCUAGGUGAAUAUGGACAAGGUCAAAGUGUAGGAGAAUUAGAAGUGAUGACAGGUGCUCCCCGUCCAUAUACGCUUCAUGCCAUUCGUGAUACAGAAUUAGCACGUAUGCCAAGGACGCUAUUUAAUGCAUUAGCGCUUCGACAUCCAGAAAUUACCUUACAUAUAUCUCGUAUUAUUGCAUCACGUACGAGAAUACAGCAAGAAACCGAUUACAACAAUUCUAAUAAUAACGAAUUUGGUAAAAAUAAUGCUAAUCUUAAAACAGUUUGUAUAUUACCUGUUAAUGGUAACGUACCUAUAACAGAAUUUGCAGAAAAAUUAAAAAAUGCAUUGGUUAGGAUAGGUGAAAAUACCACAUUAUUAAAUCAAGAAAGUGUUAUUAAUGUAUUGGGUAAACACGCAUUUAAUAGAAUGGGAAGAUUAAAAUUAAUUAGUUGGUUAGCUGAACAAGAAGAAAAUGUUAGAAUUGUGUUAUAUUUAGCAGAUGGAGGAAGUAAUUCUUCAUGGACUCAAACAUGUAUCAGACAAGCAGAUUGUAUAUUAUUAAUUGGAACGGGAGAUGAUGAUUGUUCAAUAGGAGAAUAUGAAAGUUUUUUAAUAGGAACAAAAACCACGGCAAGAAAAGAAUUAGUUUUAUUAUAUCCAGAAAGAAACUGUACUCCCGGAUCAACAAGAAAUUGGUUGAAGAAUAGACCUUGGAUUCAUGCUCAUCAUCACGUAUCGAUGAGACUUAAACCACCAAUUCUUGAUGAUAAGUCAAGAAAAAACACAUUAAUGAAUAUUAAAGAUCAACUACAAAAAUAUUAUCCGAAACGUAUACCAAAACGAUCACCCGCAAUUUAUACCGGUAAUCGAAGUGACUUUUCUAGAAUCGCAAGAAGACUUGUAGGUAAAAGUAUUGGGUUAGUAUUAGGUGGGGGAGGUGCAAGAGGUAUUGCGCAUAUCGGUGUGAUCAAAGCAUUCGAGGAAGCAGGAAUACCAAUUGAUAUGGUUGGGGGUACAAGUAUUGGAAGUUUUAUUGGUGGAUUAUAUGCGAGAGACUCCGAUAACGUUGCAAUUUUGGGUAGAGCAAAGGCAUUUUCCGGUAGAACUAGCAGUAAAUGGAGACAAAUAAUGGAUUUAACUUGGCCGAGGACUGCUUGGUUUACCGGUCAUGUAUUUAAUAGAGGUAUAUGGAAAAGUUUCAGCGAUACGCUCAUUGAGGAUUUUUGGUUAUCAUAUUUUUGUAUCACAACUAAUAUUACUUGGUCACGCAUGGAAGUACAUAAAGCUGGUUACGCUUGGAGAUAUAUUAGAGCUUCGAUGUCAUUAGCUGCUUACCUUCCUCCUUUAUGUGAAAAUGGGAAUUUGUUAGUUGAUGGUGGUUAUAUGGAUAAUUUACCUGUUGGCGUAAUGAAAUCGAUGGGUGCAAAUACUAUAUUUGCUGUUGAUGUGGCAAGUCAUGAUGAUACAUCACCUGUUUAUUAUGGUGAUAGUUUAUCGGGAUUUUGGGUCUUAUUAAAUAGAUUCAAUCCAUUUUCUAAACAAACCAAUAUCCCUUCGAUGACCGAUAUUCAAUCUAGAUUAGCUUACGUUAGCAGUGUUAAAACUUUAGAAGAAGCAAAAAAUACACAUGGCUGUUUUUAUAUGCAAUUACCUGUACAACAAUUUGGUACUUUGGAAUUUAAUAAGUUUGAUGAAAUUCUAAAAGUUGGUUAUAAAGCUGGUAAAGAGAUGAUAAAAAAAUGGAAGGAUGAUGGUAAAUUGAGUCAUUUGUUAGAUCAGAAUAAAUCUGAUGACAAAAGGAAUAGAAUUCGUAGAAGAAAUAGUGUAUAA